GGUAUUACCAUUGUUCCAAUUUUGAUUUUGGAUGUUCCUAAUGAAGACUGCUUCCGGAAAGUUUAUGUAAUUAAAAAUAAUGAAAUUCAUUAUGUUAUGUAGGUAGCUACUAGUAGGUAGUAUUUGUCUAACUACAAAUAGGUAAACACAAAAUUGCAAAAACAGGUCUUUGACAAUUGUUAUGGUCUAUUAUGUGUAGGUGCUUAAACGCUGUUCCCACGGCUAUAAAUCAUGUAAGAGACAUAUGAGUUGCGCUGAUACGGAUUUACAAUGAAGUGCUAUAGACUUUUACAAUAAUGAUGUGGGUGUUCGCGCCCCACAAUACCAUCGAGACAAACAAAUAUAUCGGGUGUGCUUGUGGGAAUCCCGCAUGGUGCGCCUCGGCCGCGGCGGCAGCGCCGAGCCCGCAGCCGGCGGUCGAGGGGGACUGGCCGGGGGAGUGGCUCUGUCGGCCCGCUAUUGGCUCCCGCUCGUCUCCGACCCGCGGUCUUAACCGCCCGGCGUGUGCAACGAAAACCCUCCCUUACUACCUAACGUUACGAACGAUUAUGCUGCACCCGCGCGCACGCAGCGCGUCUCCGUCGCCCUACUCAUUGGCCCAAAAGCCGUGCGGAGCGACAUAUUAUGAUAAUAUAAAUUGACCAACCGUAGAGCAAAUUCGGUUAGUUCGUUAAAGUUGAUUAAAGUCACUUAACCGGGACGGACGCGACGAAACGAACGGCGCGCGCGUUCGUCGAUCCCGAGGGCCCGACUAAAUGAAGUCAAAUUGUUUAAUAUAGCAGUCGAUAAAUCGGUCUCAGGUCGGUGUCGGGUGUCGGAGACGCGGACGCUAGAGGUGCGGCAGGUAGCUCGCCGCGACGGAGCCCAGCGAGGUGGGAACGGAGGUAGCGGGCCCGCACCCGCCGCCAGCCGACGGCUACAUGUACGUGUGCGGGGACAGCGCGCGCUACGAGUGCGCCUUCGAGCCCGGGGGAGCCAUGGAACAGCCCAGCUUCGAGGACCACAUGUUCGGCGAGUUCGGCAAGGAGCGGCACGUGCAGGUGGUGGUGGGCGCCGGCGGCGAGCUGCAGUACCGCGACGAGCUGCCCGUGUUCGGCGACCCUAAGCGGAAGGACGAGCCGCUGCUGCUGCAGGGCUCGGAGCACGCGCCGCAGCACCCGCUGCCGCUGCCGCACCCGCCGGCGCCCGCGCCUCCUCCCCCGCCCGCACCCUCUACCGCCACCAAGAAGAGCGACAAGAAGAAAAACGACAACAAUGGCAUCAAGAAAAAGAAAACUAGGACAACAUUUACGGCAUACCAAUUGGAGGAGCUAGAGCGGGCGUUUGAGCGAGCGCCCUACCCAGAUGUGUUCGCGCGAGAGGAGCUCGCGCUUAAGCUUAGCUUGUCUGAAUCAAGAGUACAGGUAUGGUUCCAAAAUAGAAGAGCGAAGUGGCGAAAGCGCGAACCUCCGCGGAAAACUGGGUACAUAGGUUCAAGUUCGCCGAGCUCCACGACCCUCGGUGGCGGCUUCUCCGGCAUCGGCGGCAACCUGCCCGCCUUCCCGCAGAACGGCAUGCCGGCGCCGGCAGACUCCUGGUCUUACCAGCACUCGUACGAGCUGCCCUCGCACCACCUGCUGUCGUCGGGCGGCGGCGGCUACCCGGGUUUCAACGCGCAGCCGGCGUACUCGUACACCACGGUGCUGAACGGGCACGACGGACAAAUGUUCGCACCGCGCCACUACGAGUACGGCGAGGGCAGCCCGCCUCCGCUGGGCGUGCGCGACUACCCGAUGAUGGCGGCGCACUCGCCGCAGCUCGAGCCGCACGAGGACAAGCUGGAGUACCGCGCGCACGAGCACGAGGACAAGUACCCGCCGUGCGCGCUGCACGAGGAGGCGCCGCGCUACGCCGCGCCCGAAGACUUCCCGGACAAGCACGCCGGCUACGAGCCGGAGCGCCACGCGGACCUCGCACAGCCCGUCGUCGUCAAGGUGGAGCCCACCUCUCACCAGCCGUACACCGCACUUCCCCCUUUUUUGAAUUGAAAUACUCCUUUUCGAAAAUAUCCAUGAUACAAGAAUAAUUUCGAAAAGGAGUAUUAAUUAAGUCGAAGAGUACCUACGAUUAUAUCGUUGGCACCGCGAGUUGACGGGCAGUUCGCGGGUUAGCAGCUGCCUGCGCCUGCCGAGUCUUUGCUGAUAGAACCAUAAUCGGCCUAUCAUGGCCUAUCGGCAAUGAGAAACGAUUUUAUGUAGAUUAGGCCCAGUUCUCGUGUUAUGUAAUUAUUAAUUAACCAUGAGAAAGCAUUUUAUUUCCUUAUCGUAAUAAAAGUAGGCACUCGAUAGUUAUGUAAGUUAAGAUAUAAAAAAUAAAUUAUUAGGCUGCGAUUUAUUAUAAUUAUUAUAAAUCAAAUAUUAUCAAAUAUUUACUUAGAUCCAUCACACAAAGUUGAUAUCAUUAAUUAGUACCUAUAGUAUUUUUUAUCUUCUACUAUUAAGCUCGACGUGAGCACACUUGUGCAAUUGAAUCUAGGAACAUUGAUUACAAAUAAACAGCUAGAAAUUUUAAUAGUUCGUUAUGGAUUUUGUUGAUAUUUUGUAAUAAGAAAUAUCCUCGUGCAUUCCUUGUGCCUUAUUGCUCUAGGUUAAACUUAUCAUUAGUUAGGUGACAAAAGUCUCGGCUUAUACAUGCUAGUAUAGAUAUUAUUCCACUUUUACUAUUGUAAGUUAGCCGUUUUUUACUUGAACAACUUACUAAGGUAGUUUACUAUUGUUGUAUUGUCAUGAAUUAGCGGAAUUGGCAAACAUACACUAAGUAUUUUCUAACUUCUUUUGUUUUUCAGUCGCAGUAAUAAUUAUUUAGCUAAAACAGUUAGGUACAUAGCCUUCGUGUAAUGAUUAUUCUUCGUUUUUUGGCAUUAGAAAGAGGGUUAGCGAUCUUGACGUGUAUUUUUAUUGAAAAACACUUUUAAGCUAAGUCACAGCAAAAAUGAAAUAAUUAUAAAUCACAUACAAUCAUUUACAUUAUUUAACUUUCAUAAAUCGUCGUCGUAAAUUUAAGAGUUGGACUCUUGUCGGUGUAGCUCUCUCCAUUUGACUCUAUCCAGGGCCGCCUCCUUGAUUUCCUUAUACGACAUUACAGCUACCUUUUCUUUUAUUUGUGUUAUGUAGCUUAUCCUUGGCCUUCCCCGGCCUUUCAUAAAUAAUAGUCACUAAUUUUUAAAAACUGUUUUUCAAUAUAAAGACACGUCAAGAUUGCUUUUCCUUUUUUCUAAUGCUAAAAAACGAAUUAUAAGUUCAGUUCGUAAGGGUGUUACUGAGAUGAUUGUCUAAUAUUUGUAUUAAAAUGCUACUUUUUUCUUUCACUUGCCUUUUAACAAGUCUACAGCUAACAGAGCCAAAGAACAGUAAUGAUAUAAUUGUAGAUAAGAGUUAUAAAUGUAAAUAUUAGGUAAUUACGUGAAUAAAGUGUGCCAAACGUUGAAGAUGAUAUUAGAUUUUUCAAUCAAAUGCAUAUUUUCAAUUAUGCAAAGAAAUUUUAUAAUACAUAGAAGACUAUUAAUAUUAUACAUAUAAAGAAAUGUAUGUUUGUAAGUUUUAUAGGUUCAGUUAAAAUCAUUUAUAUUAAUUUAAGUAAAAGUGGCAGAGUAAAAAAAACAUUAUACAAUAUUUGUACACUCAAAAAAUAAAACAGAUCUCCUUGUUUGAUGUAGUUAAUUAACUGACGAAUUGUUAAUGAAGAAAAGGUAAUACUAGGUAGAUUGUUAGUACUUUUAUACAAAGUUUUUACUUUAAACGACGUAGUUAAGUAGGAUAAACAAAUAUUAUUUAAGGGAAGAGUAUGUAACCAUAGCUAUACAUUAUUAUUACGUUUUUACUUUCUGCAUGUCCAUGUUUACAUUCAUAAAUAUUUUUAGCUUAAGAUUUUAAAAGCAAUAAUGGAUUUAAAUUUAACGCACGACGUUUGAUAGAUCGCAAAUGGUGACGCCAGACCGUAGAUUUACAGGAAUGUUCAAUAAUAUUAAUGAUGUGCUUAAA